CUUAUUUCCACUUCUUACAAUGGUGUCAAAAUGCUUUUCGUUUCUGUAGUUUUCCCUUUUGGAGCUUUUGGGAUAUUGUUUGUUUAGUUUUCUGUUCCUCCAUUGCUAGGGUUUCUUUGAUUUCUUUGUUGUUGUGAUUUUGAGGCUCCGUUUUUGGCCCCCCUUUCGUUCGAUUAAAUGCAUUUUCAGCAACAAGAGAAAAGGAACUGAGAAAAGAGGAACUGUUUUAAAUCUCCGUCUUGAAAAGCUUUGAAAUGGGUGACGACGAGAUGAAGAACGAAGUCGUUGCUGAGUCUCCAACUUCGGUGCUCGAAGACGAGGAUAUAUGUAAUGAGAAGGUCGAGGUGAAACUGGAGGAAGAGAUACUCGUUGAUGGAAAAAAUGGAGAUUCUUUGCUCAUAUCAACAGCCAUGGUGGAGGCUGAAGAGAAAUUGCUGGAAGCACGGUUGAAAGAAGAGGAAGAAGAACUGAAAAAAGAGCCAGACGAGUCUGCGAAUUUGAAUGACACUCAAUUUACCAAACUGGAUGAGCUUCUAACGAAAACUCAGAUGUUCUCUGAAUUUUUGCUUGAGAAAAUGGACGACAUCAUGCUUGAUCGAGUGGAGCAAGAGGCAGAAACCACGGAGAAAAAGAAAGGUCUUGGUGGGAAAAGGAAGAAAGCUGCCACACAGUAUAACACUAGGAAGGCUAAGAGGGCAGUUCAAGCUAUGCUCACGAGGUCAAAAGAGAGUGAGGAAGCAGAAGACACGGACCUUACUGAAGAAGAAAGAGUUGAAAAAGAACAAAGAGAACUUGUUCCUUUGUUGACCGGUGGAAAAUUGAAGUCUUAUCAGCUAAAAGGCAUAAAGUGGUUGAUCUCAUUGUGGCAAAAUGGCCUCAAUGGGAUUCUUGCUGAUCAAAUGGGACUUGGAAAGACCAUUCAAACCGUUGGUUUCCUUGCUCAUCUAAAAGGAAAGGGAAUGGAUGGUCCCUAUUUAGUAAUUGCACCUCUUUCGACUCUUUCAAAUUGGGUUAAUGAGAUUUCGAGGUUCACUCCUUCAGUGAAAGCCAUUAUAUACCAUGGUAACAAGAAGGAAAGAGAUGAAAUCCGAAGGAAGCACAUGCCUAAAGGAAUUGGCCCUGAAUUCCCCAUAGUUAUUACUUCUUAUGAAGUUGCAUUGGCUGAUGUGAGAAAAUCUUUGAGAUAUUAUAAUUGGAAAUAUGUUGUGGUUGAUGAGGGGCACAGGUUAAAAAAUUCAGAGUGCAAGUUGUUUAAGCAAAUGAAAUUCUUGCCUAUGGAGAAUAAGCUUCUAUUGACUGGGACACCUCUGCAGAAUAAUUUGGCAGAGCUGUGGUCACUGUUGCACUUUAUUUUGCCCGAUAUUUUCUCAUCCCUCCAAGAAUUUGAAUCAUGGUUUGACCUGUGUGGAAAAUGCAAUGGUGAAGUAAUUAAGCAAGAGUUGGAAGAGAAGAGAAAAACUCAAGUGGUAGCAAAGCUGCAUGCGAUAUUGCGUCCGUUUAUUCUUCGACGAAUGAAGUCUGAUGUGGAGCUGAUGCUUCCUCAAAAGAAAGAGAUCAUACUGUAUGCAACCAUGACAGAGCAUCAAAAGAAUUUUCAGGAUCAUCUGGUCAAUAAGACAUUAGAAAAUCAUUUAACCGAAAAAUGGGAAACUGGAGGUGGAACUCGUGGUAUGAAAAUUAACAAUUUGAUGAUCCAACUGCGGAAGAACUGCAACCAUCCUGACCUUUUGCAGUCAGCUUUUGAUGGCUCAUAUCAGUACCCACCUGUCAAGCAGAUAGUUGCACAGUGCGGCAAAUUUCGAUUGUUGGAACGAUUGUUGACCAAGUUGUUUGCACUGAAGCACAAGAUUUUAAUCUUCUCCCAGUGGACUAAGAUUUUGGAUAUAAUGGAUUACUAUUUCUGCGAAAAGGGUUUUGAAGUCUGUAGAAUUGAUGGCAAUAUGAAACUUGAUGAAAGGAAAAGACAGAUCGAGGAGUUUAACCACGUGAAUAGCAAUUAUAGAAUUUUCCUUCUAAGCACCAGAGCUGGUGGGCUGGGUAUCAAUCUUACUGCGGCCGAUACUUGUAUACUGUAUGACAGUGAUUGGAACCCCCAGAUGGAUUUACAAGCCAUGGAUAGAUGUCACAGAAUUGGUCAGACCAAGCCUGUUCAUGUUUACAGACUCGCAACAGCUCAAUCAAUAGAGGGUCGCAUGUUGAAAAGAGCUUAUAGUAAGUUGAAACUUGAGCAUGUCGUAAUUGGGAAAGGGCAAUUCCAACUUGAAAAAGCAAAGCCAAAUACCAAAGAUACUCUGGAGGAAGAGGAACUAUUGGCACUUCUACGAGAUGAAGAAACUGAAGAAGACAAGAUGGUUCAAACUGAUAUCAGUAAUGAAGACCUUGAGAAAGUGCUGGAUCGCUCAGAUCUGAUUCGGAAGCCGACAAGUGAUGAAGACAAGACCGACGGGGCUGGUGAGGCAUAUCCCCUUAAAGGGCCUGGUUGGGAGGUUGUCAUACCAAAUGCAACUGGAGGCAUGCUUUCCUCUCUCAAUAGUUAGUUAAUUACCCCGUUUUGGGGACAUUUAACUUUGGGAUAACAGUGUUUUUGGGAACUUAAAUUUUCCGGUAGGCCUUCGGGUAUCCCAUCUUAUAAUUAUCGGCGUUUUGGGAAUAUUGCUGCUAAGAUUGAUGGACUUGCCUAUAUUUUGUAAUUGGUCAAGGCUGCACUAGUAAGAGCCAGAUUUUGGUUCUGUUUUUUUGUGUUGGAACUUGAAAGUUCCAACUGCCGCUGAACACACAUGUAGAUUUAAUAUUUAGCCGUGAUGGUCGAAGGCUUUUCUAUACGGAACAACUAUGAUGUCAAUCCCCUUUGGCGUGCCAUCAAGCAAAAGACGUGUUUUUAGUGUUUUUAUGUUUUGAGAAUAGGACUAGAGGAACGAAAAAAAAAAGAGGAAUGUUUGACGAGAAUUGGUGAAAGUAAAUUGAUAAACU